AAGAAAAAAAAAAAGUAAAAAACUCACAUUUCCCAACUCAAAUCCCAGCUGUUGGAGAGAAUUUGGAAGGAAGCUACACAGGGAUGAUGCAGAUCCUCGCAGUCAGCUGAUAAAACUUGCUUUUUGUUGCCUCUCAGAUCCCAUUCCUUGUUGCACUGCAAAGCAAAACCCUUUAACAAUCUCUCCCCUUUCCUGAGACGAAGCACCAGAGCUUUCAAAGCUGAAACCCUAAGUCCCUGCUUCCAUUCCGAUGCCCUGUUUCCUGAUUUCUUGAUCGGAAAGUUCUCCCAAAUUCGUCUACUGAGAUGCUGCAGAAGUUUGCUUUAGCUUUCAAGGCCAAAACAAUCGAGUUCUUUGCAGAGGAGGAGGGGGAGGACGACGCCGUUGUCGAUCUUGACUCUGUGCCGGAGGAGGUUAUUACAGGGCAACGCGUAGUUGUACUCAAGCCAGACCGUCCGGUCCAACCCAAUACGGAAGAUCUCGUCUCUUCUCUUUUCACUAGUGUCUCCUUCUUCCGUGCCGCCUAUCUUCAGCUUCAAAUUGCCCACUCCCCUUUUGAUCUUGAAGCCAUCCGCAGCGCUGAUUCCGCGGCGGUUUGUCAUCUUCACCGGCUUUCUGAGCUCAAGCGCGCCUUCUCCACCAACUCCCAAAUACAAAACUCUAAACCUAGUUUACCCCUUUCAGCCCAACUGGAUGCCCAGGUGCAGGAGAAUCAGAGCCUCCUCCGCACCUUCGAGACCGUGGUUAAUCGCAUGCAGUUCGAUAUCGAUCAGAAGGAUGCGGAGGCCUCGGAGCUAAAACAGCGGCUAUUGGAGUCCGAGGCCGCUAAUGACCGCCUCGAGCGGCGGCUCGAGCUUGCCUGCUUGCCGCCGGAGGAGAAGGUGGAGUCUCUGCUUACAGUGGGAGUAUUCAAUUCCGUGCUGAAGGACUCUUGUCGGGUAGCUCACCGUUUUGUUCGGGCACUUUCCGAAUUGAUGAAGAAGUCAGGAUGGGAUUUGGAGCUCGUUGCGAAUUCUAUAUAUCCUGAUAUCUGGUAUGCCAAAGCAGGGCACUGUCCGUAUGCAAUCCUCUCCUAUGUUUGUUUGGCAAUGUUUGAAUCCUUUGAUUUGGAUAGUUUUGGAUGCGAAGGGAAUGGAAUGUGUUCCAAUUCUGAGGAUUCCGAGUUUAGAAAGAUGAAUUCUUUAAGGAAAUUCAUUGACCAUUCAACCCUAGAUCCAUUGGAGUUGAUCAAUAGAGAUCCAAAUUCCGAUUUUGCAAGAUUUUGUGACAUCAAGUAUAAAAAUAUUGUUGAAUCUUGGUUGGAGUCAUCUUCAUUUAGGAAUUCAGAUCAUUGCUCAUCAGUUAUAGAAAAUCUGAGGCCUUCAAGGCCUCUUUAUGAGCUGUUUGUGAAUAUGGCCAGCUCAAUAUGGAUGCUUCACAAGUUAGCAUGGGCUUAUGAGCCGGCAGUAGAGAUAUUUCAAUUAGGCCGAGGCGCAGAUUUCUCCAUGGUUUACAUGGAGAGUGUUUGUCAAAAAUCAUUUGAUAAAAAUUCAGCUUGCAUGAAUUCACGUCCAAAGGUUGGGUUUACAGUUUUUCCAGGAUUUCGUGUGGGGAUGACAGUGAUCCAGUGCUGGGUGUAUCUAGAUAGAAUGAAGAAGAUAUUUUGAUUUCAUUUUGAACUGCGUCUCCUAGCUGCCGGCUCAGCAGGUUCCAACAACUGUAGAUCUAGUUCGUUCCAGCAAGUACAGUCACCAGGUUUAGCCUUCUAGCUGCCGGCUCUGCAGAUUCCAAUGACCGCAUGUCUAGUCUGUUCCAGCAAGCGCAGUCACCAGGCUUAGCCUUCCACCGGCUGAAAGUUCCAACAGCUAUCGAUUCCAGCGCCUCCGCCGAUCUCCUUUGUUUCAGUAGCCGCCAAUGCUACAGGAAACAUUUCCCUCUUUUUGUCCAGCAGCCACUGGUCCUCUCACUGCAGAAAUCUGGACACUUGCAGGAAAAAUUUUCUAUGUCGGUCUUCCCUGCAAGUGUCCAAAUUUCUGCAGUUGUAUCCUUUUGUCGUGACUAUAUCAGAAUUCAUUGAUGGCUCAUAACCACUAUAACAUCUUCUUUGGCUCAGAUGGAACUAUGGUGGAUUCCUCCAACAAUGAACCACUUUCAUAAGGUAUUAUUGACCCCAUCGGAGGAUCGAUUCCAACCUCCGCUCUUGUAGACCGCAGGAUCGGAAACUAACAUGAACUUCUUGAUCACAACCCAUAAACCGAACGACAGUAACUUUCUCCAAUGGUCCCAAGCGGUGUCUUUGUUCAUUAAAGGACGUGAGAAGUUCAGUCAUCUCACAGAUAUGAUUCGUGAGCAUCCAGAGACUGAGCAGACAUAUAGAGCUUGGGAGGUCGAGAACUCCAUAGUCAUGUCGUGGAGAUCAACUGCAUGGAGACUUCAAUUGGUCGUUCAUAUAUUUUUCUCCCUUCAGCUAGUGCUUUCUGGACGACAGUCUGUGAUACCUAUUCAGAUGUAGGAAACUUUGACUAACUCUAUGAGAUUUCUAAGAAAUUCAGGAGGCAAAACAUGGGUCAAGGACUGUGAUUCGGUACUAUAAUGACCUUGUUGCACUAUGGAUGAAAUGCGACCUGUACUACGACUACACGUGGGACUCUCCGAACGACCUAUCUCUUUUUCAAAAGAUUGCAGAAAAGGAUAGCAUGUUCCUAUUCCUAGCUGGCCUUAACUAAGACCUCAACGAAGUCUAGGGUCGUAUUCUUGGUUGGCAUCCUCUUACUUCUGCUCGUGCUGCUUUCACUGAGAUUCGUCGGAAAGAAAGUCAGAAACUUGUCAUGCUUGACACUUCUAAUCUUUCAACUGAAUCGUCCGUCUUGAUCUCAAAUAGCGCUCAACCCUCGUUUGUGCCACCUUGGACUGGUCAUCCCACUUGUAAUUACUGUCACAAACCCAACCAUAUUUGGGAUUAGUGUUGGAAACUUCACGCGAAGCUAGCAAACAAACCUUCGGCUAAAUUUUCCGCCAAAAGGGUCUCACGGAGAAGUUUGAGUCUACCACAACUCAACCGACUCAUAUAUCUGGAACAUCUCAGGAUACUCUGAAUUGCUAAAAAAUCGGAUGAAAUAAUUGGUCAAGCUUCUUGGUACCAAUAAAGUCCAUCGACCUCCCAGGUGUCAUGGAUUACAUGAUUAAAUGUUUGCAAUUUUUCUCGACUUACUAUCCGUGCUCUGGAAAAAAUACAUUCAGGAUUACUGAUGGUUUUUGUAGUUCCAUUGCUGGUAAAAGGGAGUAUAUGAAAUCAAUAUAAAAUCUGGCGGCAGCUGGUUGGUGGUGGUUGUAGACAACAAUGGGCAGCCGUGAUGGCGGCCAUUAGGGGGAUGGCAAUGAUGGCAACCAAUUGCAAUGGCAGCUAGCAGUGGUGCUCGAAGCCGACAGUUCCUGCAGUGUAUUUAAAAAUUGAUCAAAUCGAGCAGGUUUGAAAUACACCAAAAAUGAACAAUACGGUAAUGGAUUUUAUGAAAUUUCUUACCUAUAUUUUGUCCCUUAAGAUUCUAGCCUUACAGCAACUCGGCAAGUAACAACCCUUACCUUUAUUGCUGGUAGAUGCAUUGUUCAGCAUUGCUCAAGGACACCGACAACACACUGCAUCCAGCAAUUUAUGAGAAAACUUGGCGAGUUCAGUCGUGUAUUUGAUGUGCCUGUUUCCAAUAUUUAAAGUGUUUUCUCUAUAUUUUUUUUAUUGCAUAAAAUUAUACCUGGUAUUUGACCAUAAUUAGGUUGAUUUCAUGUUUUACAAUUGUUCUGACUGUGGCACUAAUGCUUAAUGUCCUGGUUCGUUUC